AUGGCAACAGGCGUAGUGAAAUGGUGGAACUCCGAGAAGGGGUAUGGAUUUAUCCAGGUCGACGACGGCUCGCCAGAUAUUUUCGUCCAUUUCUCUGGCCUUCAGACUGGGCAGAAUGGUCUAGAGGAGAAUCAAAAGGUCGAGUUCGUAGUGUCACAGGGAACAAGGGGAGCUCAAGCUGUUGAGGUCAGAGCGCUUGAUUAG